GUAAAGAGAGCAAAGCGCAAAAGUCUAUCAGCAGGGGACAAACACACACACACACACACACACACACACACCUCUACACACUCAGAUACAGAUUAGCGCAGGACUGUCAUACACUAAACUCUCUCUUCCUGGGAUAUGAACCCUCUCGUCCUCACCUGUCUCCUGUGCUUCGUAGUGUGCAGUGCUCUAGGUGCUCAGGCAUCUGAGGCUACUAACUCCACCGAGUUAGCCCGAGUUACUGGGGGUCCGGCCUCCGGCGAGGGCCUCCCGAGUUCGGUGGGCGACAAUGACGACCUGGAACUAGACGAGGAGCUUUCAGGAGGAGACAACGCACAUUUUAGCCUCCACGACUUGCAUCUCACCAAAGAUGAGAAGAAGAAGAGGAAGGGCAAAGGCAAGAGGAGGAACAGGCACAAGGGCAAAAGCACGACUGCUUUCAACCCCGAGCACACCCACUACACCAGCAGAUCCACGUCCACUCUGAGCACCACCGAGGAUCCCUGCACCUCCACCCACCUGGGCUACUGCAUCCACGGCUCCUGCAAGCACAUCGAGGGCCUGAAGGAGCCAGUGUGUAUAUGUUUGAAAGGCUUCGACGGACAGCGCUGUGAGAUCCAGACCUUGGAGACUCGGUCCAAACAGAGCAGCAACACUGAGCUGGUUCAGACGGUGUUAGUGAUCAUCGCUGUGGUUCUGUCAGUCAUCAGCUGCACCGCCAUCCUGCUCAUGACCUGUGCUCAUUACAGGUCUCAUAAAAACUUCCUGGCAUCUUAUCUUGGAACUGGGUCGGAGCAGGAGAAGCUGCAGAAGUCCGCCGGUGACGUUGUGGUGUGAGGGCGUCGAGUUACGAUGAGCCUGCAGCACGAUUCAAAGACGAAGCCGAACAGAGGAGUCUGAGCACCUGAGAAAGCUUUAGAGUGAACAGACGGCUUCACUUCAGUAGAUGCUAUGUAAAAAACACUGUCCAGUACCUGUUACAAUGUAAUUUAUUUAGUGUAACUAUUUAUUGCUAACAACUGUAUUUGUAUGUUGGACACCAUUAUAAUGUCUCUUAUGUGCGAAUGCUGAGCAUUCAGCUUUUUGAUGUUCUCUAGGUUUGGUUUUAUUUAUUGCACUGCUAUUGUUGUAGGUCAGAGAAACGCUCUUCAUCUCACUCUGGAAAAGGGAUGGAAUUUGAUCACCAAUAAAGUCUCUCAGUGUUAUGUGAA